CAACAAUCUCAAAUCAAAGCUGCCAGUUUAAGAGUAUUCGCCUGCGACCUUUAUUUUUUUUUUUCCCGUCCACCAAAUUUGAUCCGGUCGGCUUUUCUGAAUGAAGCUGCUUUUUUUGGCGUUGCGAAUAUUCACGAGUGCGCUUUUGGAAUCAGCCGGCGAGCUCGAACCUGCACAACAGAAGCGGCGUCCCAUCGUCAUGUAAAAAUGACGCCCACGGCCAGGCUCCGCAUCCUGGCGCUGGUCGUCCUGCUCAGUGCCGGCGAGGACGCGCUCCCGUCCUCCGCCCCCUCCUCCACACAGCCCGGCCCCUCCGCGCCACGGGCCCCCGAGAAAGUUGCGGAAAGCCCCGCGGAGGGAGUCCUGGAGACCCCCCCGAAACCCAUGGCCCAAGCGAUGUUCCCCAAGAACGUGACGUCAUCCGAGGCCCUGGCCCCGCCCUUGGGCGCCGCCCAGGUGGCCCCGCGCCUCAUCGACGUGUGGAUGGACGUGUGUCAGGGUUACUACGACGUGAUGGGACAAUUUGACAACUCGUUCAACUGCACCAAGGACAUGUUCAUCUACUGCUGCGGGACGUGCCACUACCGCUUCUGCUGCCCCGAUCGCAACCGGCAGCUGGACCAGGACAGCUGCAAGAACUACGACUCGCCCGCCUGGGCCAAGACCGAGUCCAACGCCUUGGUCGUCGAAGAGGAGCUGGGGCCCGACCCGGACUUCGACCCCCUGAAGCAGCAGAGCCACAACACGGGCUUUGUGAUCGGAGGCGUGGUGGUGUUCAUGGUGGCCGUGGCCGUGGGCAUCAAGGUGGUCUUCAACAAGGUGCAGCACGAGGCCAUCCAGAGGGACCUCAACAUGCCAAGAGCCUUGGUGGACAUGCUGCGUCACCAGUCCAGUCCGGUGCAGCAGGACGAGAGGAACAACAGCGUGGCUCUGACCAUGGGGGACGGCCAGGGGACGCUGGGGAGAGCUCCCAAAAACCUCUACGCCCCGGGACUGCCCAGCAAGGACAACAGAUUGGGCAACCUGCAGCACAAUUUCAUCCACACGUCAGGCUCCAGCCCCAAACACACCGCCACCAUCGAACGCACGCCUCGGAUGAACAACGCUCAGCUGGCGGCGGGGGGCACCUUGCUGUCCAGUAAGCACAACAACACCAAAUCGCAGCCUGCCUUCCACCACUCCUUACACAACCUGGCUCAGCUGCCCCCCUCCUACGAGAGCGCAACCAAGCCCGAACUCAACCGAUACUCCUCGCUCAAACGGCUCGAAAAAGGUCUGGACGAGUACUCGUCCGGUUACUGCACCACCAAGCGCCGUCCGCACACGGCUCAGCCGGCCCUUCAGUCGUCCCAGCACCACCUCCACUGGGGGGGCGACUACACCCUCAGCGGGAGGGGGACGCUUCCCAGACACGCGACCCGGCCCUGGAUUCCGCCGCCGCCGCCGUCCGGCAUGCCGGCCUCGCCCACGCCCACGCCCAACCCGUACCCCCUGGACCUGCCGGAGCCCCAGUACAACCCCAACUACGACACCCUCUCCAAACCCAGGAAGGUCAAGUCCAGCGACCAGCUGCUCAACAUGGGCGACGUCCCCGGCAACACCGGCACCCUGUCCCGUCUUUCCAAGAACCAGCAGCACCAGUACUACAAGGCCAUGGCCGCCUCCGGUAAGAACUCGAAUACGCAGACCCUCACCCGUAAGACCCAAGACCGGCAGGACAGACACGAAAGACACGAGAGACACGAAAGACCCGACCGGCUGCUCAUGUCCCCGGACCACUUGGAGGAGAGGAUGGGCGGGAUGGGGGUCGUGGAUCCGUACGCCCACUCGGGAGGGGGUGUCCCCACCCUGCCUCGCCAGCAGAAGGCCCAGUCCCAGCAGAACGUGUGCGCCACCCCCUCCCUGGACCGCCACCACAUGAUCAAGAUGAACUCUCACCCGACGUCUGGCAGAGAGCAGGAGAGGAACCCGGGCGCCACCGGCCACAUCAGCGGGGGGAUGGGCUGGGCGGGGGAGACGCCCGGGGCGGGCGUGGUCAUGGGAACGGGAACGCUAGGGGGCCACAACGCCCGCAGGAUGGCUUUCGCAAACAAACGGCAGAACACCAUCGAGCAGCUGCACUUUAUCCCGGGCGGGGGAGGCGCCGGCGGCGGGUCCGGGGGGGGCGGCGGUGGCGGUGGGGGCGGCGGCGGCGGCAGUCAAAUCAGGACGGGGAGCAAAAAUGAGGUCACGGUGUGAGGGGGGGGGCCUUGUGCCUAAUGACGAGCUCACCCCUCGCCACGGGACCGCAGCGCCCGUCUGCAUUUAAUCUCUCGAUUCACCGCUGCCAGAAAUCGAACAAGGCGACGGUCCAACACUCGCAAAAUGUUCGCUUGAAAUUUCAGGAGAUCAACUCACGUCUUUACAGGUCAGGAAUUUCAAUUCGAGCGUCCAACUGUUCAAAGUUUCACUCUUUUCUGUUUUUUUGCACUCUAACAAUAAAAUAAACAACAGGUGCCACCCUCAAUUGGGAUUGUAAUUGCCGAUAAAUAGCACAAGAUGGCAGCAAAGGACUACUUUUGCCUAAAUGAAGUUCCUCAACUCACUUUUUUUUUUUUUGCACCCAGGUGCCAUGUGAUUACUCCACAACAAUUACUUUGGAGUUUCUCGGCAACUACAUCUUAAUGAUGUUUUUUUUUGUGGUGGGACGUGCCUCCAACUCGGGUUUCCCACACCAACUCGGGCUUCUCUGUCCGAAUUGAUGAAGUCUUCUUGGGUGGGACGCAAAACGUCCUCUCAGACCAAUCGAGCGGUCCAGUUGGGAUUGCAAUUGCCUAUAAAUAGCACAAGAUGGCAGCAAAGGACUACUUUUGCCUAAAUGAAGUUCCUCAACUCACUUUUUUUUUUUUUGCACCCAGGUGCCAUGUGAUUACUCCACAACAAUUACUUUGGAGUUUCUCGGCAACUACAUCUUAAUGAUGUUUUUUUUUGUGGUGGGACGUGCCUCCAACUCGGGUUUCCCACACCAACUCGGGCUUCUCUGUCCGAAUUGAUGAAGUCUUCUUGGGUGGGACGCAAAACGUCCUCUCAGACCAAUCGAGCGGUCCAGUUGGGAUUGCAAUUGCCUAUAAAUACCACAAGAUGGCAGCAAAGGACUACUUUUGCCUAAAUGAAGUUCCUCAACUCACUUUUUUUUUUUUUUUGCACCCAGGUGCCAUGUGAUCACUCCACAACAAUUACUUUGGAGUUUCUCGGCAACUACAUCUUAAUGAUGUUGUUUUUUUUUGUGGUGGGACGUGCCUCCAACUCGGGUUUCCCACACCAACUCAGGCUGCUCUGUCCGAAUUGAUGAAGUCUUCUUGGGUGGGACGCAAAACGUCCUCUCAGACCAAUAGAGCGGUCCAGUUGGGACUGCAAUUGCCUAUAAAUACCACAAGAUGGCAGCAAAGGGCUACUUUUGCCUAAAUGAAGUUCCUCAACUCACUUUUUUUUUGUUUUUUUGCACCCAGGUGCCAUGUGAUCACUCCACAACAAUUACUUUGGAGUUUCUCGGCAACUAGAUCUUAAUGAUGUUUUUUUUGUGGUGGGACGUGCCUCCAACUCGAGUUUCCCACGCCAACUCGGGCUGCUCUGUCAAAAAUCACCUGGACCAAUGAGAAUAGCCACAAGCAUGAUCGCUUGCAGGCAAAUUUGCUCAUGCCGAGCCGUUAUUUUGCUGGAUCAAUUGUUUGAUGACGUCAGGAUGUCAAAACGUGAUC